AUGCGAUUUGGGUGCGACUUUCAGAGACUUCAGGUUCCUCAAUGGACAGACGCCUAUAUCGACUACGACGGCUUGAAGCAGCUUGUGAAGACCCAUCAUCCGUGCCGGGACUUGGACUCCUUUAGCAAGAGUUUCAAACAAGAGAUCGAGAACAUCAACGCGUUCUUGCAGAAACAGCUUUCCCUCAUCGAUCGUUGGGUAGAAGCAACCUUCUCGCGAUUCUCUCUUGCGGCUGCUGUUGCGCUUGAGAUCCACGACCUCGCGCAAGUCGCGCUUGUAGAGCUUCGAGAUCUCGCGAACUGCCUGCAGGAGAUAUUAGCGUUCAUCACUCAGCUCGAUGAGUUCGCAGAGGUCAACCAAGAUGCAGUACAGAAGUUGCUGGGGAAGAUUGGCCCCAGGGGGGCGCGUGAACCACUGAUUGAGUUCGCCAAAGGCCCUCUCAACACGAAACCUUGGGUCGAAACAGCUGCACAUCUGCGAGGCCUUACUCGACUCACAGCUCGUGCAGAGCAGCUCCAUGACGAUGAGUCAGAGGUGAGAUCUUUGCUCUUGGAGAGGGUCAGCCCUCAGGCCCUUGGCUGCACUAGCGACGAAGUGCACAGCAGCAUCAGCAUCGAUGACUCGGCGGCGCUUAUGGUCGUGAUGACAUCGCCGGUCUCUUACUUGGAGAACCAAGCCAUGCUCUAUUCCGUACUGCAAGUCGCAAUCCUGCAUUCGUCACCGAUGUGCCUCACCUCUUUACUGGAAGAAAUCACUGCUCCUGUAGAGGACGUGGGUUGUGUUCAUCGGGAUGCUCUGCACCAGCUUAUCAUUCGUUCUUCGCGUCCUCAGCUUUGCCUCAGUGAUCUGAAGAUACUCGAGGACACAAUUCGUGAGCUUUCCCCAUACCAGCACCACAUGCUGAUUGUGAAGGACUGGAGAAAUCGGUAUCCUCUCCAUUACGCUGCACAAUAUGGCUUAGGAAAGCUCUGCUCACAAAUCACCAAAUUCAUGGAGCCAGCAGCAGUCUUCAAAGAAGACUCAUGUGGGCUUACACCACUGCAUCUGGCCGUCAGUUCCGGUCAUGUGUCUGUGGUAGAGGCGCUCCUACGUCCUGAUGCUGUAAGAAGCAUGGUUCGUGAAGAAAUGGCUGGUAUUCUUCUGCUUACGGCUAUCCAAUCAAGUUUUGCAGAUACUGUAAAAUGCUUAUUGACACUUGGUAAAGGGAUAAAUCAUCGCGGAAAACACGGGGAAACACCUUUGUACCUUGCUGCUAGCAGUGGCCAGGCCGAGAUGGUGGAAGCACUGUUAGCUGUGUCAGUUGGCCUAGAUCUGAAUCGCCCCGAAGUCACACGGGGCUGGUCACCAUUGAUCGUAGCUUGUGUGCGUAAUCAUCUUGAAAUAGUUGAACUACUACUCCGAGCAGGCGCAGACACACUGAUUCAAGACUUUGGCGGCUGGUCAGCUAUAGAACAUGCAUGCUACAGAGCACACACCACCAUCGUAGAUGCACUCCAAAGAGCGUCUCCCACCCCGGAGCUGAGUCGCGGUUCCAAUGUGGCUGCUCGACUGCCGCAGCCUCAACGCCCUGCAAAGAGCCAUCCACCAACCUGCGUAUCCGCUGAUGCUGCCCAAGUCUACACGGAGCCGCAAUACACAUCUGUAUUCGUCAACUUGGGCUCGUUCGAUGUAUAUGCGGACAAGGAGGCCCUGGAAGUCGAGCCAGGCAUCCUCCGUACUCUGUCAAAGAGUAUGGAACAUGAUACAAUACUGGAAGUUUCUGGGAGCCCCUGCCAGCAAGAGCCAUAUACUGUUAGGCUGCCACUCGAGGGAGCUCCUACUGAAGUUACAUGGGUUUUCUCUACGACGCAGCCCGAAAACAUGAAGCUGACGUUCAAGCUGUACAAGCGUGGAAAUGCUGAGAAGCCUAGCAAACGACUCAUAGCCACAGGAGUGGCUCUGCUUGACUCGAUCAAGGGCUGGUUUCGCCCAGAGCGUCAGAGUCUCAGGCGCGACUCUCGCGUUGCUCUGAUCACCUCAGAUGGUGAUGCUGCCGGAACAAUUACAUUCACGUUUCUUCUCUGCAGUCCUUACAACGCGAGAGCACCGCCAAGACCUACUCAGACGAUGCGCCUUUCCGACUCAACGCAAGUUGUAGGACACCGUGGCCUAGGGUGGAAUAUGCCAGGGCUCAGGCGCAUGCAGAUAGGAGAACACACGAUCCAGUUCACUGGACCAAGGAGCAGAUCUCAUAGAGACGUUCAAAUCACCCGAGACCGUGUUCCGGUCAUCUACCAUGACUGGCACGUUUCGGAGACUGGGCUCGACAUACCGAUCCACGCGAUGACCUUGCAGCAGUGGAUGUCCAUCAGCGAGACACAGAUAAACCAUCACGAAUUCACCAGAGGCCGUCUGCCAUGGGACGAGAGAGCCCGUCCAAGUGCUCCAUCUCGGAGGAACUCGAGGUCCCUAUGUGCGGUCCCAGAUCAUCCUCGAAAAGCGCUGGCGGAUCGUAUGAAGCACACGGUCGAAUACGCUAGGAAUCACAACAAGGGGAAUAUCCGGGGCGAGUGCAUCCACGAUGCUUUUGUCACCCUACGUCAACUCUUCGAGAAGUUCCCGGACGAUGUAAGCUUCGACAUCGAGAUGAAGUACCCCAUGUUCUGGGAGUGCGACUACUGGGAAAUGGAACCGUACUGGAUCGAGAUGAACGCCUACAUCGAUGCCACCCUUGACGUUAUCUUCGAGCUGGCCGGGGACCGUUCGAUCUUCUUCACCUGCUUCAACCCGGAAGUAUGUGUGUUGCUAUCAACGAAGCAGAAGACCUAUCCCGUGGUCUUCCUCAACGACUCCAUGAUCAGUGGAGCAGCAGGUGAUAAACGAGCAACAAGCCUUCAGGAGGCAAUGCGCUUCGUGCGCCAAUGGGAUCUGCAAGGCAUCGUUAUGGCCGCUGAGCCAUUCGUUGCCGCACCUAAACUGAUCCAGCAUGUCAGGAACCGGGGCUUAGUCUGCGGGUCGUAUGGCGUGUUGAAUGAUGUGCCAGAAUUCGCGAAGAAACAAGCAGCGGAGGGCAUAGACAUGCUGAUUGUGAACAACAUCCGACUCAUUUCAAAUGCGCUUCGGAGUUUGGAGUCUUAA